AUGUUUGUGAUCACGAUUCAGUACUCCUUUUAUUUUAUCCACCUUGUCAUAGCGGUGAUAUGUCUAUUUCUGGAUCCAGUACGCACUGGAGCCAAUGCCCAGAGCCAUAAUCCUCCUGAAGUCGUAGGCCCUUUUGGUGCGAGAAGCAGAACGGAUGCCGGACCACCUCGUUGGUCGCGUAUAGUUAAGGGGCACACCGGUGUUGCAGCUAUGCAGAUCACCGUUGUGAGCGAUAAAUAUGCUUUGAUUCUUGAUAAAGUCGAACAUAAUCCCCUCAAGAUCAACGGCCAUCGAGCUUGGGCAGCGCUCUACAACUUCGAGACCGAUGAGGUCACGCCCUUGGACCUGAAAUCUAACUCAUUUUGCGCUGGCGGAAGCUUCCUGGGUAACGGCACUCUGAUCAACUUUGGGGGCAACCCAGUAGGCAAAGCUCCGUUAAGAACAGGAAACUUUGGACCUACCGACGGCUUACAAUCGAUUCGGUUUUACACACCAUGUGAUGAUGGAAAAUGCUCGGUCGCCGAAUUCGAUUCUAUCAAGUUGACAAGUCCCCGUUGGUAUGCGACAGCAACACGCCUGGCAGAUGGCAGCAUUAUGAUCGCCGGGGGAAGCAAGAGAGGCGCUUUCAGAAAUAAUGCGGCGAUCAACAACCCGACAAUUGAAUAUUUCCCACCCAGACAGCUGAAUUUUCCGACUAAUUCGGGGAAAAAACAGAUCUACUCACCUUUCUUGGAAAGAACUCUAGUGGCCAAUUUGUUUCCAAUCGUUAUUACUCUUCCCGAGCCUGGCCUAGUCUUCUUGGCAGCCAAUAGAGACGCGAUCAUCUACAACUAUACGUCAAACUAUGAGUUUCGACUUCCACGGAUUCCAAAUGGUGUCAGGGUCACUUAUCCCAUGACGGGUGGUGGCAUUCUUCUCCCAUUAUCCCCUCAGAACGGCUACAAACCCGAGGUCUUGAUCUGUGGAGGAAGUGAUCUGGAUGAUACAUUAGAAACUAGGUUAAUCAAGGCAUCUGCUCCUGCCUCCACUCAAUGCGUUCGUAUGGUCCUUACAAAGUCGGGAAUAAAGAAGGGCUGGAUAGUAGAGCACAUGCCUGAGGGAAGAAUUAUGCCGGAUAUGAUCAUGAUGCCGGAUGGAAAGGUUUUAAUUGUGAACGGAGCCAAAUCUGGUGUAGGAGGUUAUGGAAGUCUCGAAAAGAUGACCGGAAACUCAAAUGCGGACAAUCCAAGCUUCACGCCCGUGUUAUAUGAUCCUGACGCUCCAUUAGGUCAAAGGUUUAGCUCCGAGGGACUUCCGACCACGAACAUCGCGAGACUUUACCAUUCUGUUGCCACUUUAACACCUAGUGGUCUAGUGAUGCUUGCUGGAAGCAAUCCGAAUCCAGACGUCAGCACAGCCAACUAUCGAACGGAAUACAGGGUUGAAUGGUUGAGUCCUCCCUAUAUCAAACACCCCAAUCGUCCUAAAAUUUCGAGCCUUCCGAAGCUUGCAAACUACAAAGAGAAGAUCAUAGUUAAACUUGUUGGAAUGGACCUCAAGCUAGCAGAGCAGAAGGUUGAAGCAGUCUUAUUGGAUUUUGGAUUCGUAACACAUUCCACGCACAUGAACUCUCGCUUGGUCAAAUUAAUCACAAGUGUUGAUUCUGACGACAACGAAUUGCAAGUCGUAAUGCCACCUCUGCCAGGAAUUUAUCCACCUGGAUACGGGUGGCUUUUUGUCGUAAUCAACGGAAUCCCCAGCCCCGGAAAAAGAAUCAUGAUCGGUUCUGGGAAGCUGGAUUUUGAGGACGCGCGAUAAGGAGAACGAACCCACAUCCAAUACCGAAAACGUGGAUCAAAAACGUUAUCGACGUGUACUAAAAUCGUGAACCACGAUCAAACAGACAUUCCCUGUUCAAACUUUCGUACUUGAUCG